AUGGCACCGCUACAGAGAGCUGCCAUGUCAGCGACGCUGCUGCUACUAGCGGCGGCUCUUAUGAAUGCAGGAGGAGUGACAGGACAAGGAACAUCAGGAGCUCCUCCUACCUCCCAAGCAACUGUACAGAUAGACCAGCAGAAGACAGACUACCGCACUAGCGUUCUGAAGGAUGGAACCGUGAGGAUAGAGAUGAAUUCAACUCCGAGUACGGGCUACAUGUGGGUGAUCAAGUCGAUGGGGAGCGGUCUAGAGAAGAAGAGCAGUGACUUCAUCCCUCCAAGCACUCAGAUGCCUGGCGCUGGCGGCAAGCAAGUCUUCGUGUUGGACGCCAAGAGUGUUGGAACUCAAGUGGUAGACUUGGCCUACAGACGCUCAUGGGAGAAGGAAGAUGCAUAUCAGGCCAAAGUUGAGAUCGACGUGACGGCUCCUUAA